AUGCGCGGCGUUAUCAGCAACCUCCUCGCCAAACCUAAGCCCGACCAACGGCCCUCCUUCCGCGUCCUCCCCCCAACUAACAACCAAUUCCACCCCUCCUCCAUCAAAACAGCCUACGACUCGCUUCCGGUCCCCCUGCCCCCCAACUUUCUCUCCUGUGACCCCUCCCAUCUCCCCCCAGACAGCAAACCCAUCACCCUAACGCCCAUCAACUUCCCCGCGUCCGGCUUUCCCGAGUACGAUGGGUGCGUUGCCAUGGUGCUGGACCACGUUUUGUCACCUUCCGAAUGCAAGACCCUCCUCCAACUAGCGGAGCAAAGUGUGCCGGAAAUUAUCAAAGCCGUAAAUCAAGGGAACACACACUGCGACGGCAGCUACACCGCCCACCCGGACCCUUUUCGCCCCGUCAAAACUCUGUUUACGGUUCAUCUCUAUCUGAACGACUCGCAGGCUGAGGAUCCGAGCGCUGAGCUGGCAGGGGGCUCGACGCCAUUUUUUUCGCCAGAUGAAACCCGGGGGCUGGAUGUCCAUCCCAAGGCUGGGCGCGUGCUCAUUUUCCAGCAUUAUCGCCUCGUACACUCAGGGGAUGAUGUGCGGACUGGGACGAAGUAUACUGUCAGGAUGGAUCUGUUGUAUGAGUUUGUGCCGAAGGAGGAUUUAGACGAUGAGGGAAGGAAGGUGCAGGAUACCGACAUGGUGCAGGAUACCGACAUAGUCAUGUAA